AUGAUCGACAAAGGCAGCUAUGGGGAAAUGAUCAUUACUUUGGACGAUGUCUCUUCGCUGCUGCAUAUACCCAUCACCGGUGCAUUCUUCAGCGUUAAUAUAUUUAACAAGGAUGACGCUGCAGAGUUGUUGGGUGAGCUUCUUGUGGUGAGUCUGGCUGCUGCAUAUGCUGAGUUUAACUUGAUGCGGACAACCACUGUUCGGUACAGUUGGUUGCUUGACGUAUACCAUCAGCGAUGUUCUAAUCAGCAUUGGCAGAUGGCUGCGAGGGCAUUUCUUUUAUUUUUGGUGGGUUGCACCUUGUUCAGCGACAAGAGUGCCUUCGCAGUGAGUGUUGCCUACCUUGAAUGUUUCAGAGACCUCAACUCAUGCGGAGGAUAUGCAUGGGGUGCUGCUGCGCUUGCUUACCUAUACGACAAUACUCGAGAAGCGAGUAUGCAUCAGACUAGAACAGUAUCAGGGUAUCUGACACUAUUACAGGUAUUUGCGCUUGCUUUCCUGGUUUAUGAUGAGGACUAUCCGAGAGCACUUAGAUGGAAGCCAAAACGUGAUAAAGGUUUGGUUGUUCCAUUUAGGAAAGCACUGGACGAGAUUGAUGUUGAUGGCAUAUGUUGGACACCCUACAGAGCGCAUAGGCCGAAGCGACCAUUUGAGGUUGUUUCAUUAUUCAGAGGGUGGAUACGCUGGGGUCCCAAGAUGUAUGCUCACUUUCCAGAUAGGGUAUUGCGUCAAUAUGGACAUGUCCAAACCAUCCCUGGUUCACCUUUGGAGAUAGUAGGUCAGACGACCACACCAGAGGAAAUGGACAUCAUGUUUACGCAAUACGCUGUACAUGUAGUUGACGCUGGGGCAUUUGUACACAGACCUGUAGACUGUGCAAUUGAGUACAUGGACUGGUUUCGUCGGAUUUCUCAUCCAUAUAUCAUUCGUAGAGAACCAGUCUAUGUAGCACAUUCGGUUGCAGAACCUGCCGAUGAUGAUCAUGCUUCAGAAGAAACAACGUUCUCACCCAUUCCAAGUAAAGCUGCAACUGCACGAUAUCCACAAUUACCAUCAUCACCGACAUCAAUAAUGUCAUCUAUGAAUUUAUGA